CCAUGCCGAUCGCCGCUGAUUCCACCGGCGAGCAAGCCCCGGACCCUGCUCCCAACGAUCCCUCGGAGGAACCCCGCAAGGCCUCUGACCAGCCCGACCGUGGUGAGGACAACGAGGUCGACUUCGAGGAGGAGGAGGACGCAGAGGAGCUGGACGGGCCGGCGGCGGUGGUAGCGGCGCACAAAGAGAGGGCACGGGCCGUGUUCGCACGCCUCUACACUGAGCCGAUCGGCAUCCGCGUGCACGACAUCAUCAUCAAGGGUAAUCUCAAGACCCGCGCCUCGCUCAUCGAGGCCGAGGUCGCUGACCUCCUCCGCUCUGCCGGCACCGUGCAGGACCUGCUGCACGCCUCCAGACUUGCCGGCACGCUGCUGCGCCGCCUCGACGUGUUCGACUCCAUCACCAUCACCCUUGACGCCGGACCGCCUGAGUUUCCUGGUACUACCAACGUCGUCAUCCAAGUGGUGGAGGCGGCCAGACGCUUCGAUGGAGCCAUCUGCUCCAAGGCAAAGGUGAAGGUCUUUGAUUGGCUUAAUCAUUAUCCCUCCGUUAUCAUUGCAUAUGAACUGAAAAUUGCAACACAAUUGCCCUCAAUUUGUUUUAUACAGUUGAUGCUAUCAUGGUCAGUUCUAGGAUGGCUCAUGUUGAAGAACCUCUUUGGUUAUGGGGACAUUUGGGAUGCUUCAGCGGCAUACAUUGGGGAUCGGUCAUUCGACAUAGGCAUUGGAGCGUACCUGCCAAGAUUUAAAUCAAUACCAACACCUUUGAUGGCCCGGGCAUCAGUCAUUUCCACAGAUUGGCUGAAAUUUUCAUCAUACAAGGAGCGUCUUCUUGGCCUUUCGUUUGAUUUAUUUUCAAGCUGGUGCCAUAACGUAUCUUAUAAUCUAGGAUGGCGUACCUUAACUGAUCCCUCACAAAUGGCAUCAGAAUCUAUAAGGAGGCAGUUAGGACGUGAUCUUCUUUCAGCUUUAAGCUAUACUUAUAAAAUAGAUAAAAGAGAUUCGGAACUCUGGCCAACAGAAGGAUAUGCAUUUAUCUCAACUUCUCAAGUUGGUGGUCUAUGGAAAAAGGGACUAAGAUUCUUCCGCCAGGAGUUUGAUGUUCGGGGCGCUGUUCCAUUUGGUUUUUGCAAUGCUGCCCUUAAUGUUGGCAUAGCAGCAGGGGUGAUUCUACCUUUGGGCAGAGGAUUUAUGGAGUUAUCUUCCCCUGUGCCUGAUAGAUUUUACCUUGGAGGCCAUUCUUCUCCCGUAAGCAGCCUUGGUGCGCUAUCAUCUCUGUUGGGUUUCCAAAGAAGAGGAGUUGGCCCAUCUGAACCACGGAGGUCUGCCUCAGUCGAGCUUGCUACGGACCAUGCUGCUGCCUCUUCAGGGAGGGAUUACUUGGGAGGUGAUCUUGCGGUCUCUGCAUUUGCUGAUCUUUGCUUUGAUUUGCCCGGGAAGCUUCUCAGAGAUACUGGAAUACAUGGUCAUGCAUUUCUUUCUGCUGGGAACCUUGCCAAGUUGUCUGAGAGUGAGUAUAAGAAUUUCUCAUUUCCUGAGUUUCGCCGCACAUUCAGGAGCUCUGCUGGUGUUGGCAUUGUUUGGCCAACUAAACUUUUCCGGUUGGAGAUGAAUUACUGCUAUAUCCUGAAGAAACUUGAGCAUGACUGUGGAAAGUCUGGAAUUCAGUUCAGCAUAUGUUCACCAUCGUAGAUGUUUGUAAUAAUGUGCAGCAACCUCUUCUGACUUGAAGAAUA